GAUUGACGUAAAACCUCAUGUCAACUAUAUCAAACAAAGUCUGGGUCACACAAAUCCGGUGAGUUUAUAAACGUUGUGCGUGCUCUUUUGAUUUUAUUGUGAAUACAGUAGUCCUUCAAUACGGUCCUCCUCAAAAGUCCCCCUCCCCUCUCUGGUAAGGGCAAGAAAUUUAUUCAGCCUCCAUCUCUAUUACCCUUCUUAAUGUUCCAUCACCACACCCACAACCAUCAUCCCCCACUGCCAUCACCCUCAACGCCAUUACCGCCAUCAUCCCCACCGCCGUCACCAUCACUUUUCUAAUGUUAAUCGGGAGGUGUCUUGUUGCAUGCUCGUAGUCAUAUAGUCAUUAAUCAAGUCUAACGCGUUUAAUGAACAAACCUAUUGAUAUAAUGUAUUUUCUGUUGGCAGGCUGUACGUUCCUCUGCUAUAUCAGCACUUGGUGUGAUCUUCAUGUAUACUGGUCCCAGUCUUCGUAUGUUCUUUGAAAGUGAAAAAGCGACACUACUACAGCAAAUUGAUAGUGAAUUUGAAAAG